UCUCUGUACAUCCAGCAACAACGAUUGAUUAAAACAAAUAGCAACAGGCACUACUCCCCACCGAGCCGCACACUACGUGCCCCCUUAUCCACAACAUCCCCAUUCCUUCGCUGGCCAGUCCACUGCCGCUCGGCCGCCUCGUCGGCUAGGCCGCCGCCCCACCAUCGGAGCUUCAUGGCUGCCGGCACCUUCAACCGUUGCCACACACCGCCUGGGCUUGCCCACCUCCCGAUCCAGCCGGCAAACAGACAGAUCCGUCUUCCCCGUGUCCGUCCCAGGCCUCUCUGCCUCGCCGGAGUUGUCAAGGCGCCGGCCCUCGUCCACCAAGUCAACUGCAUCGCACCCCUGCUUCGUCUCGGGAGGAGCAGCGAGCCAGCGCCCACCUCUACAUCGAGCACUUCUCAAUCCGGCCGCAUCGCCCAAGGCCCAGUCCGCCGCCGCCUUGCUCCGCCUCCGGCCAAGCCGGCCCUCGUCCACCAAGUCAACUGCAUCGCACCCCUGCAUCGUCUCGGGAGGAGCAGCGAGCCAACGCCCACCUCUGCAUCGAGCCCUGCUCAAUCCGGCCGCGUCGCCCAAGGCCCAGUCCGCCGCCGCCUUGCUCUGCCUCCGGCCACGCCGUCCUCCCGCCGGAGGUCGCCGCGGCAUGAACGCCGCCUCCUCCAGCUCUCCGCCCGCCUCCGGCCACAUCCUCGACCGGAUCCGCCCAAUCUUCAUCGCCGCGCCAAGUCCCACAGCCGCCUGACACCGCUGCGUCUUCUUCCCCUGCGCUGCUCGAGAACGAGCAGAGCCGCCGUUCCUCACUUAAUAAAGAGGGACUGCGGGUGCAAUUUCUGAAAAACUGAAGGGCUUUUUUGCCAAAAAAACAUGACGACGGACGACCAGAAACGCUUGCCGCUUUAUUAUUAGAAUAGAGAUAUGCAUUAUUAUCCUAUUUUAUAUUAUUUUCAGAGCUUAGUGUCAGUUCCUGUUUUUCCCAUGUUUUUGAGUUUCGCAGAAAAAAAAUACCAAACAGAAUAAAACUUCCGUGAUGAUUUUUCUGAGGGGAUUUGAUUAUGGAGGGCUUCUACAUUAACUCUAUUGCCCUUCCGAUGAAGCGUGAGUAGUUUACUUCAGACCUACGUGUCCAUAGCUAGUAGCUAGAUGGCUUCUUCUCUCUAUCUGAUUCUUAAUACCAUGUCAUCCUCGAUGUUCUUACAGAUCUAUUCGAUGUAAUACUUUUUUGCGGUGUGUUUGCCGAGAUCCGAUGAAUUAUGGAUUUAUGAUCAGUUUAUUUAUGAAUAUUAUUUAAAUCUUCUCUGAA